AUGCCAUCAAAGGAGCCGUCCUCGCUGAUGACAUCGUACAACCAGUCAUAUGCGUCCAGCAAUGACGGAUUACCAGACUCUGGUGCAGUAAGAGAAGAUGAGAGCGAUAAUAGUUAUAAUAUGGGCCGUCAUAGUAGCCCGCUAUCCCAGGACCAGGAGCAGAGUCCACGUCCCGUCGUCUUCUACGAAGUUGUCGCGCUAUUGGCCCAGCUUGAGAGGUUGUCAGUCAAUGCCGCCAAUGACACCUGCAGAACGAAGAGCUCUCACCUUGACAUUGGUGCCUCAGCCAUGGAGACUGAGCAGUUUCAGAAGCAUGAGUCUGAGACGACUGGGGACUGGAGACUGCAGGCUGCGAUCAUGGCGAGGCAGUUCUACUCGGCCGUGGUUGAUGAAACUUUAUCAAACAUGGGCCAUCUGAAGCAUUGGUGA